AUGCACAGUAAGGCAUUGCUGUUGUCUUUAACUUGUAACAUAUUUGUUCUUGUACCAUUGAUUAAGGUGGCUGGCCUUUCAGUGAAAGGUCAAAUAUUUGCUGGAAUAAAUGAAGCAUCGGGCAUGAAAGAAAAUUUAUAUGAUGGUAUUCUCGGUUUAGCCUAUCAAAGUCUGGCGCAAACUGGAAGCGCACCGCUAUUUUUUAAUAUGUAUAAGCAAAAGUUAAUAAAACAACCAAUCUUUUCAUUUUAUUUCAAUCCGAAUACACCCACGCACCUCGUUUCAGUUUCCGUAGGUGAAAGGUCUCUUUCAAUCUUGCUUAGAGCAUCACAAAGCGGUGAAUUAAUACUUGGUGGUACUGAUAUAUCGAAAUAUCAAGGUUCAAUAACCUAUACACCGGUUAAUAUAAAAGGCUAUUGGGAAUUUUCCAUGAAUAGUGUUAGUGUUGGAAGUAAAAAAAUAUGUUCAUCUGGAUGCUAUGCCAUCUCUGAUACCGGGACAACAUUAAUACAAGGACCAGCGGCACAAGUCAAACAACUGCAACAAUUAUUAGGUGCUGUAUAUGAAUCGCAUACUCGUUUAUAUUUCGUUGAUUGUGAAUCACGUUUGUUAUCGUCAUUUCCAAAUGUGAUAUUCACAAUUGGUAAUAAAGCAUUUAUCUUAACGCCAUUACAGUAUUUAAUUAUUCUUCCAGUAGGUAAUAAACAGUAUCUUUGUUACACUGUAUUUACAGCCGGCGAUAACAGAGAUGCUUCAAAAAAAUUAUUUUGGAUAUUGGGCGAUGCUUUUCUUACACGAUUCUAUUCCAUAUAUGAUAUUGGAAAAAAUCGUCUAGGAUUUGCUAAAUCUACAUUAUAUAAUAGUCUACAAACAGUACCUGCUGGAGUAUUCAAAAGUGGAUAA